GUAAACAUAGACCUGUCAAACAACACAAACGCCAUCUUGACAGCACCCUCAAAAUGGCAGAAAGAUGUGAGCUAGAAACCGAGUCCAAACUAAGAUUCCUGCUCUCUGUCUUUUAAAAACACACUCGACAGUUCUUCCACAAACGAGCGGUAAUGGGGUUGGAGUCCAGCACGGCAGCUCAGAGCCUGUAAAAUGGAUAUAACGACGGCGGUUUUCAACGCGGCCAGAGAUGGUAAGCUGAAACUUAUCCAGAAGUUGCUGAGCAACAAAACUCCUGAGGAGCUGGAGGCUCUGGCCGAGGAGAAGACGCAGGGUGGCACCCCUCUGCUGAUAGCCUCUCGAUACGGACAUUUAGAGGUUGUAGAUUACCUCCUUGAACAUUGUAAAGCAAAUGUUGAACUCGGGGGGGCGGUUAACUUUGACGGCGAGACCAUCGAGGGGGCUCCGCCGCUGUGGGCGGCGUCGGCAGCCGGUCACCUCCCCGUGGUGAAGACCUUACUGAAACACGGUGCCUCAGUCAACAACGCAACGCUAACUAACUCAACGCCGCUCCGGGCUGCCUGCUUCGACGGUCACCUGGAGAUCGUCCGCUACCUGGUGGAGCACAGAGCCGACAUGGAGGUAGCGAACCGCCACGGCCACACCUGCCUCAUGAUCUCCUGUUACAAGGGCCACAAGGAGAUAGCCAAGUUCCUCCUGGACCGGGGUGCUGAUGUCAACCGCAAGAGCGUGAAGGGAAACACCGCCCUCCACGACUGUGCCGAGUCAGGUAGUCUGGACAUUAUGAAGAUGCUGCUGAAGUGCAACGCUCGCAUGGAGAGAGACGGAUACGGCAUGACCCCGCUCCUCGCUGCCAGCGUCACAGGACACACCAACAUCGUAGAGUACCUCGCCCACCAGCCUCGCACCUCCAGAGAGGAACGCAUAGAUGCACUUGAACUCCUUGGGGCGACUUUUGUGGACAAAAAGCGGGACCUCUUGGGGGCGAUGAGGUACUGGAGGAGGGCCAUGGAGCUGAGGCAACCAGGGGACAAAGCUGGAUCCCUGGCCAAGCCUCCACCUGGGCCCCCUAUCCCUGCUUAUGGCUGUGCGCAGGAGGUGAGCACUGCAGAGGAACUGGAAGCUUUGAUCACAGACCCUGAUGAAAUGAGGAUGCAGGCCUUGUUGGUUCGAGAGCGCAUCCUGGGGCCAUCCCACCCAGACACCUCUUAUUACAUCCGCUACAGGGGAGCCGUGUAUGCUGACUCAGGCAACUUUGAACGCUGCAUCAGCCUGUGGAAAUACGCUUUAGACAUGCAGCAGAGCAAUCUGGACCCCCUCAGUCCGAUGACCGCCUCCAGUUUUCUGUCCUUUGCAGAGCUCUUCUCUUUUGUUCUCCAAGACCGGGCCAAAGGCACCCUGUCAACGCGUAUCACCUUCCACGAUCUCAUGACUGUGCUGGGGAAAAGUGUGAGGGAAGUAGAGAGAGCGGUGGCGCAGAAGGACAACCCUCCAGAAGCUCCCCAGUUCACCAAAGCCCUCUCCAUCAUCCUCCACCUCAUCUUCCUACUGGAGAAGCUGGAGUGCAGCCCAGAGCAGGAGCAUCAGAAGAAGCACACAGUGUACCGUCUGCUAAAGCUGAACCCUCGAGGCAGGAGCGGCUUCGCCCCCCUCCACAUGGCUGUAGACAAGGAAACCACGUCCGUGGGCCGCUACCCCGUCGGCCGCUUCCCCUCCCAGGCGGUUGCAGCGUUGCUCCUAGAGUGCGGCGCGGACGUCGAUUCACGCGACUGUGAGAACAACACACCGCUGCACGUUGCUGCUACCAACGGCUGUCCAGAGAUUAUGGCGCUACUCAUGAAAGCUGGGGCUCAUUUUGACGCUAAAAAUGCACAGAGGAAGACGGCCUACGAGCUGCUGGAUGAGCAGAGCAGCGGGCACCCGGCCCUCUACCCACUGAACUAUAUCACCCUUCAGUGCCUGGCGGCGCGUGCAAUUGAGAAGCACAGACUGCCCUACAGGGGACUCAUCUCUGAGGAGAUGGAGGCUUUCAUUGAGCUGCACUGACUUCCACAACUGUCCCCUGGUGAGGCGUCCCCCUGCACUACUCUUUCUGUUGUCCCCCACACCUUACUGUGACCUGCCACAAACUUGGUCCUCCACGCCAUUCUCCCUCAUCUUCGUCUCCUUUUGACUUCUGCUUCGCUCCUGACUCUACCAACCUUGUGUCAGACCAAACCAUAGCAAUAAACACCCAGCCUCGGGGCUUAAAUCUCUGGCUGAGAUCUGGUCAGUUCUCGCUUGAUUCUAACAUAAAGUCACAUGGACGUUCAAAAUGAUUGUUGGUUUCUACCGCUAUUUAAAGCUGGAUGAAACUUCAACUUGAUAUAGGCUUUAAUGCAUUUUCCCUCUUUUUGUCCCAGUAAGAAGGAGACUCCCGGUAUGAUUGUGCGUGUUUGCUGCUGGCUGGACUGUAUGAAAGAUGGGUUUAAGUAUUACUGAUAGGAGGCGUCUGAACAAACUAGCCAGGUAACAUGCAUGAAAAUGAAGAGUGAAUAUGGUCGCUCACUUGUUGUUUUGCAAAUCAUUCAGAAAGGAUGUGUUUGAACAAACUCAACCACCAAAACGUGCGCACGCUGGCAUUUUUUUUUUUGCCUGGUUCUGUUUGUUUACAUAUACCAUCUGCUAUGUUUCUCUGGUGUGGGACGGUGUUGAACUUACUGUGCCAAAUGUCAGCCAUGGAGCCAUGUUCUGUUACAGACUAAACUGGUGGGAAAGUGAGAAGAAACUAACUUUUAACUAUAAACAGAGGUAACAACCGAGGCCUCCAGUUCCAGAAGAUAUUUGAUAUUUCAGACUGACGUGAUCUGACGGCCUGCGGAGCCGUCAUUUUGAAAGACUUUUAUGAGAUAGAGGAUGAGUGGUAUCAUCACUCUGACUAUAAGUAAAAAAGAGCGGGUGCCGUUGUUUGGCUAACACUCCCCAGUCUCUCCACACAGACGUUCAUAACCUAUGCAGUUUGUGAUAUUCCAAUCAGAGGCAACAUUUUUCAAGCAAAAAUUCACCACAUAAACAGAUUUUACAUGGGAUUAUUUACAUGCUUAUCUUUACAGGGUAAUGACUAAAACCUGGGGCUGCUUCGUUGACAAUGAAUUGGCAUCUUCUGAAUUUUAUGAACUAAGAAUGUUUGCUUAAACUUUCUGCCUAUGUCCAAAUGAACAAUUUUAAACUGGAACCUAAAGUGUGCCUACAUCCGUUUACUUCUGGGUAAUGUCAGCAUCAACAAAGAUAUUUAAUUCACUGUCAGAGAAGCAGUAUCAGAAGCAGGACAUUUUUUGAUGAUCACAACAGAGCUUAAGCCCUCUUGUUUGUAUCCUUGAGAAAAAGUCACACGCUAACGCAUCAUGUGUCAAUUCUGUUUUGGAGUGAAUUUUCCCUUUAACCUCAGAUGCAGUUCACAGAAACGGAACAGAUGGCUCUACGGGCCAUUCCUGCAUCUCAGUCUUAUUUUUAAUAGUCUCUCUUUUGUUUAUCUUGUGUCAUCAUGAAUGUUUUAUUUGUCUGUCUGUGCUAAGCACCACCAAGUUGAAUGCACACUGAGAGGCUCUAAAUCCUACAUUGACAACUUACAUUCAGGCUAUGAACUGUAGCUGCCUUUCUUUUUCUCAACUGAUUCGUUUAACUGACGGUAACUCAAGAACAAAAGUGUGUUGGAGAUACUUGAAUAAAAUUCAGUGUCACAGCAUUAUCUGCGGG